AUGGCUUCUCACGCUAGCACUCCACACAUCACCAUUCUGGGCUCCCUCAACAUGGAUCUCGUUUCCUAUGUCCCACAUCAUCCCCUUCCUGGUGAAACCCUCACCUCAAACCAUUUCAACACUUCGCCAGGCGGUAAGGGCGCUAAUCAAGCUGUUGCUUGUGGCAAGCUCUCUCGAGACUCAGACCUGUCCAAUCCUUCGGCCGUCGUCUCUAUGGUGGGUGCUGUUGGCGCCGAUCCUUAUGGCACCCUCCUGCUUGAUAGCCUGCGCUCCUUUGGCGUUGCUGUCGAUUCUGUAGCCAUCCGCCAAGACCAGAAGUCUGGCCUAGCUAUCAUCAUUGUGGAUGAGCCCUCUGGCCAGAACCGCAUUAUCUUGUCUCCUGAAGCCAAUCAUUCUCUUCAGCCUGCUGAGUUUGAGACCCUUCCUGGCCCCCGUCCUGACCUUCUGAUCAUGCAGCUCGAAAUUCCUUUCGAUACUGUCAUGCAGGCUCUGAAAGCUGCCAAAAAGGAUGGUGUUCCUGUCCUUCUCAAUCCAGCACCGGCUCAGCCCUUGCCUAUGGAUGCCUACGAUGGGCUGGCCCAUCUCGUUGUUAAUGAGACCGAGGCCGCCAUUCUUGCAGAUUGUGCUGAGUCUGAGCUUGAUGACCUUCAAGGCUUGGACCGCAUUGGCCGUGUCUUCAUUGAUCGCGGAGUCCACAAUGUCAUCAUCACCCUCGGAGGCCGUGGUGUCUAUUUCGUCAAUAAACAAGGCCAGAGUGCAUUGCUUCCGGCAACUAAGACGAACGUAGUGGACACCACGGCCGCGGGUGAUACCUUUGUUGGUUCUUACGCCCUGGCCGUUGUAGCCGCCAAAGAUGGCCAAUUUAAUAUCGAAGCAGCUGUCGCGGCAGCCAAUCGAGCUGCUGCCUUGACCGUUGCGCGAAAGGGUGCGCAGAUCUCUAUCCCCUGGAAAGACGAACUUUAG